CGGUGAACAGGUCAGGGUUCCAUAGCUGCAGGCAGAACAGUUGAAACUGGAGCAGCAGCAGGGCCAGCAUUUCACCUCCUGAACUCGGUCUGGUGGACAGCACACUCUGUUUGUACUUGAUCCCAGACUUCUUCUACACACCAUCUUCAUCAAAUUCCAAUUCAGCCUCUGCUUUCCUCAUUCUCUUCGACCUCUUCUUUCUCUUUUUCCUCCCCCAUUCCCUCUCGAAAUCCAUGUUUCCAUGUCCCUGUCCCAAUAUUUUUCUCCUCCUGGCUUUGCUAGCGGCCUGGUGGCAUCCCGAUGUAACUCCAUCUCAUAAUCAUCCUGUUCAACUCGAAAACGUGUCUUCUACAGGCGCCGACAUUUUGAGAGAAUGAGCAGUGGCACAACUCCCAAACAGCCUACUCUCUUCGAAUGUUCUCUCAGACAGGAUCAGAUUGCCUGUCAGGCGCUGUUCAGGGCUUAAAUGCCCCACGAGCGCAAUGAUUUGGUAAAAAACUGCGUGCGCUUUUACGUGUAGGAGCAAGCAUGACCAGAGAUCACCAGGGCGCGUAGGAUGUCGGCAAAGCUAGGGAACGUGCGGACAGACUUGUGCCACUAUCGUAUAUAAGUCGGUGACGAGAGAGGGAGGGGAGCAAGUGCUGAACAUUCUUCUAAGCAUACAGUUCAGUUUGACACUAAAGGGAGAUACGAUAACCUAUUUGGCACCAAACAGGAAUUACGGUGGUUCCUCUGCAAACUGCUGUUUGGACUGCCUACAUUGUUAACCUUGCAAAUGAGAGCCUAGUUUUGGAAGGAGAAACUCAAACAAAGUAUUUAACUUGGAGUUAUUUGAUCUUUCCUGCGGAAGUCAGACAGUGAAACAUAAUUCAAGAUGGAGAAUAUGGAAGAUGGGAAGAAGAAGAAGGGAGUGACCUGUUACCUCCUCUACUGCAUCACUACAGCUGUCAUUGGCUCCCUGCAGUUCGGAUACAACACUGGAGUCAUCAAUGCCCCUGAGCAGAAACUGCGACGGUUCUUCCAGAAUGUGUCUAUGGAUCGUUAUGGAGACCCCUUCUCCUCUGGGACUAACACCAUGGUUUGGAGCUUCGCUGUGGCCAUCUUCAGUGUGGGGGGCAUGGUUGGGUCCUUGUCUGUGGGGGUCAUGGUGGACAGGUUUGGGAGGCGGAAGUCCAUGCUCCUGGCCAACGUGCUGGCCCUUCUGGGUGGAACUCUGAUGGGUCUGUCCAGCCUGUGUAAGUCCUUUGAGAUGGUCAUCAUUGGCAGGCUGGUCAUUGGCGUGUUCUGUGGCCUGUGUACGGGACUGACGCCCAUGUACGUGGGAGAGCUGGCCCCCACGCACCUCAGGGGGGCCUUCGGCACCCUCCACCAGCUGGGAGUGGUCAUUGGCAUCCUGGUGGCACAGGUCUUUGGUCUGGAGUUUCUGCUGGGGUCAGACUCCCUGUGGCCCCUCCUGCUGUCCCUGACGGCCAUCCCUGCUGUGGUGCAGAGCAUCAUGUUGCCCUUCUGCCCAGAGAGCCCCCGCUACCUCCUCAUCAGCCUCAACCAGGAGGAGGAGGCUCGCAAAGCCCUGGUGCGUCUGCGUGGCUGUGAGGAUGUAAGUGAUGACAUCCAGGAGAUGAAGGAAGAAGGGAUGAAGAUGGCCAUGGAGAAGAAGGUCACUAUUCCAGAACUCUUCCGUUCGCCAGCCUACCGUCAGCCAAUCAUCAUCGCCAUCAUCCUGCAGCUCUCCCAGCAGCUCUCUGGCAUCAACGCGGUAUUCUACUAUUCGACAGGUAUAUUUGACACUGCCGGGGUGACCCAGCCCAUCUACGCCACUAUAGGAGCUGGGGUGGUCAACACUCUAUUCACAGUGGUGUCUCUCUUCCUGGUGGAGAGGGCGGGACGAAGGACCCUGCACCUCAUCGGAUUGGCUGGAAUGGCUGUCAGUGCUCUGCUCAUGACCAUCUCCCUCUCAUUGGUGAAGACCAACCCGUCUCUGAGCUACCUGGCCAUCGUGGCGGUGUUUGCCUUUGUGGCCAGUUUUGAGAUGGGUCCAGGUCCUAUCCCAUGGUUCAUAGUUGCUGAGUUGUUCUCCCAGGGGCCUCGCCCUGCAGCUAUGGCCGUCGCCGGCUGCUCCAACUGGACCGCCAACUUCCUGGUCGGGCUGGGCUUCCCCAAACUGGAGGAGCUGUGUGGUCCUUACGUCUUCAUCAUCUUCAUGAUCUUCCUCAUAUUCUUCUUCGUCUUCACCUACUUCAAAGUCCCGGAGACCAAGGGGCGGACCUUUGAUGACAUUGCCAAAGGAUUCGCCGGCACUGCAGGAGCCCAAUCUCCUCCCCCAGAGGGUAUGGUCACCCUGCCCGUCUCCCCGACGACGGAGAAAGUUCCAAUGGUUGAGUUUCCGACGGAAGAGAAGUAAAAUAAGUGAUCGUCAGUGAAUCCGUAGAUAGUGGAAC